AAGCCGUUUUGACAGGCAGGGAAGUCUUUCGCGUGCUGCUAGUGCCGAGCGACCAAGCUGAGCAAGUUCUUAACUUUAAAUUGUGAACAGGGAAAGAUAAUUACUCCAAACCAUCCUGAAUUUCAAACAGUUAUCCUCUACACACCUCAAACUUCAUUUUUAGCCAAUAUUUAGAGUCUAUAAACUCUAGAAAUGUCUGCUGCAUCGAGUAACUCUCAGUCUAACCGUGAAGCCGGUGGAGAUGAGAAAAGAAACAAGAGAGAAUCCAGAAGAGCAAACACGAGUCGUGUUUCAAAACCUCUACCGACAGCUGCAAAAAGAAUUCAACGAGAACUGACAGAGGUAGCUCUUGAUCCACCGCCAAAUUGCAGUGCUGGUCCCAAAGGAGACAACAUAUUCGAGUGGUAUGCUACUAUUCUUGGUCCUCCUGGUUCUGUCUACGACAAGGGAGUUUUCUUCCUUGACAUUCACUUCCCUACAGACUAUCCCUUCAAACCACCAAAGGUCACCUUUCGCACAAGAAUCUAUCACUGCAAUAUCAACAGUCAGGGUACCAUCUGCCUCGAUAUUUUGAAAGACAACUGGAGCGCGGCUCUGACUGUGUCUAAGGUUCUGUUGUCUAUUUGUUCACUCCUCACCGACUGCAACCCAGCUGAUCCUCUGGUUGGAAGCAUCGCCACACAGUACCAGACAAACAGAGAAGAACACGAUAGGAUAGCAAGAGAAUGGACUAAACGAUAUGCUACCUAGGAGAGUACUUUAAAAGCCAAAAUGUUUAUAAAUGGAUACACCUAUUUUAAAAAGGCGAAAGAAGAUAGGAGAUAUUGACUGAGAUAUGUAGAAGAUAUAGGAUUGAGAUAGGACAUAGGGGGGUCAAUUGGGGUAAAGACCGAAAGGAAUUGAAGUAAAAUAUAAAGGACCUACUGACAAAUAAUGGAAGUAGCCCUAAUCAAGAGUGUUAGGCGGCACUCGGCUGUCAUCAGCACCGAAUACUCCAAACGUAAAUAUUCACGCAGAUCAAUCUCUUAUUUCCUAUAUCUUUUGCCAUCCAAAAAACAUUUUUGAAAUAGGUGUAUACAUAGUGGCAUGGCGAAAAAUUAUCAUUUCUUUGAUUUCAAACACCAUCUUAAUGGCGUAGGUUAUUUAUACACAACACUCCAUUCCCCUGCUUAAUUUAUAUAAAUUUGAAUCAAGAGAAUAUGAACUAGUUAAGUUCUCUUGUUUGAAUCUAAUCCCAAAUAUAUACCUGGCAGGACAGUGUACCUCUAGUGUUAACGAUGUAGCUUAGGUAUACCGGCAAGAUAUGGCAAAUGAAAACCAUGAACCCUAGGUCGAAGUAUCCUAAGAAAAGAUGUAUUGUGCCAAAGUACCUAACAACAUCUUCAAUCGAUAUCGGUAUUAUUAGAGACCGUUCAUAAGAAGGUACGGGGUCACCAUGCAUUAGUACGGCUAGUAAGUCAUUUUGUCCUUCGCAUUUAGGAAAACCUUAUACUUUCUUGUGAACGGUCUGUUACUGAUAACUUCUUUCUCUGCCUUUCUGUCCAGGGCUAUAAUAUAUCUCAGAUGCGCAGAGAAUAGACCUCAUUCUCUAGCACUGAUCUUAUAACAUUCCGAGGCAUUCCUAUAGCCCUCCUCCACUUGGGCGUAAUGUUUUCCAUUUCAGACCAUGUGUCAUUCCCUAGAGUAUCAUUUCUUUUUUUAACGUUGCGCUCGAUUGCACAUAUGAAGAGACAUGGAUAUGGAUACAACUCAAACAAAGAAUCUUAUUCUCAAGAGAAUGRUACGUGGUCUGAAAAGGGAAAACAUUACGCCCAAGUGGUGGAGGGCUAUAGGAUGUAGAAUACCUUGGAAUGUUAAGAUCAGAGUUAGAGAAUGACACGUGCCCUACCAUAACAGCCGUCCGCCUAAAACAAGAAUAACAAUGUAUAAAAUCGCUUUAGCCUUGUCUGGAAAUUUAACUCAUAUACUCACAAUUAAAUUAGGCAUAAAUAGAUUAACCAUAUAUUAUCAAUAUAACACUAUACUUUAUUAUAGUAUAAUAUAUAUUUUUUGUUUUGAGCCGAUGCUGAUAUUUGUACGAUCACCAAAUAGUGAUCACAAUCAAGUAGCUUGUUUGGGCUACCUGUUUCUCGUGAAAAUGUUCAGCAUAUAAUGUUCACUAACUCAAUUAUUUCUCAGUUAUUUUACUUAUAUAAAAUAUUAAUUGAUAUAAAUUCCCAAUAUUAAUUACUAUAAAUUAAUGUUCAGCUGUAAAUAUACUAAAUAAAACAAUGUUAUUGCAUUAAAAUUGCAGCGAAAUAAGGACCGUAA